ACAGCCCUUUCAGAAUGGGUUUGAGGAGAAUCCAGUGGACAAAAGAAGGGAAGUUGUGGGAGUUUCCCAUUAACAAUGAAGCAGGUUUUGAUGAUGAUGGUUCAGAAUUUCAUGAACAUAUAUUUCUGGAUAAGUACCUGGAGGGUUUUCCAAAGCAAGGACCAAUUCGCCACUUCAUGGAGCUAGUGACUUGUGGCCUUUCCAAAAAUCCAUAUCUGAGUGUUAAGCAGAAGGUUGAGCACAUAGAAUGGUUUAGAAAUUAUUUUAAUGAAAAAAGGGACAUUCUUAAAGAAAGUAAUAUACAGUUCAAUUAACAUGAUAGAAAUUUUUUAUUUCGAACUGUUGGAUAUUGUAACUA